CAUUUCCACUUCUUCACAAUCGAGACAGCAAGCUAGGCCGAACGAGUCGCUAGUUUUUUGGCCGGUUCAGAGUGCAGCAGCCCCUCGAGAGGAGCAGACGUGUGGCCAGUGUCAGUUGGCAUCAAAUAUGAGUGUGGCGACCCUUUCUGUGAGCAUGGAGCAGCGACGCGAUGUGAGUCGUCCCAACCGCAGCAGCGCCUCGCGCUGCCUCUACGGACCCCCGGACAGGGAGUACCUGGCCCGCAAGUACGAGCAGUGCAGCCGCGAGCAGGCCGAACGCUUCAAGGAUGUGUGGGGCUACGACCCUGAGAAGGAUUGCCCCGUGCCGGGUCACGACCGCUUCCAGUGGGAGCCCCUCAACGCCGCGGCCGCCGUCCAGCGUCCCUCGCCUUCCGAGCAACAGUCGGACGCGCCCGUCCAGCAGCAGUCACCAGAAAACACCAAGUCCCUCAAGCAGAGCUCCAUUAAAGAUUUCUACCCUGAAAGAAAGCGCUCUGCCAGUUCUUCGUCGGCGGCCGUGGCCAAGAAGCCGCGCCCGUCCAGCGACUCGGAGGGCAGUUCUUCCUCGCCGGAGGACGCCGCCGCCUCCUCCACCAGCAGCAGCCAGCAGGUCAACUGAGAUGCUGAUCUCCUCCCUCGGCUUUCCCAGAUCUCGCAGCAGAGGCAGGGGGAUUCCCUCGUUGAUUAAUUAUUAAUUAUUUUAUUAUUUUAUUUCCAAAGAUUUAUUUGCCUUAUUAAUUAAUUGAAAUAUUUAUCCAAGAAGAAGUAAUGUACAUAGCAAAAAUGCAUAGGCGAAAAGGGAAUACAUUGUAUUAUCAUGAGAGACACGUGAAGCGGAAAUUCAAAGAAGUUUUAUGUUAUUAGUACAAACUUAUGUGCGUUGGAAGAGUGGAGAAUCGUAAAUCUCUAAUUUGUGUACAUAGCAAAUACAAAGAAGAUGCAAAGUGAAAGAGGAAUAUUCUUGUGGAUUUUUUGUUUUGGCCAGCAUACAGAGUUAUUGAAGUCUGUGAUUCACUAGAUCUCAUUGAAGCCAAUUUAAGACCAAUGUUGUUGCCGCUGCAAAUGCUGCUAUGCACCGGCGCAAUAUGGCUUAGGUAAAAGAGAAAAACAAUGGAAAAUUAUCAUAAAAAAUGAAUAUAAAUUAAUUGGAUUAGAAUUCUGUAAAUAGGAUAAUAUAUAUUGGAAGAGCAUUCAAUAAACAAGUGUUGGCAAGGAA